ACGUUCAUUUCCUGGCUGGUUGAGGGUCACACAUAUGAAUACAGAGUUUUCGUGGAGUUCAGUUUCUACGCGGCCACUGAAAGUACUUUGAAUGAUGUUACGAGCGCUUUGUCGGACCGGUGGUGCCCUUCUGCAGCAAACCCAGCGGGCUGCCCCGAAGUUAUGGGUCACACCAGCCCAGCAGCGAUGGGCGUCCAGCCUUCCCAUGAACACCGUGGUCCUGUUCGUGCCCCAGCAAGAAGCCUGGGUGGUGGAAAGGAUGGGUCGCUUCCACCACAUCUUGGAGCCGGGUUUAAACUUCCUCAUACCUCUACUUGACCGAAUUCGCUACGUGCAGAGUCUCAAAGAGAUGGUCAUCAAUGUCCCGGAGCAGUCGGCGGUAUCUCUAGAUAACGUGACGCUGCAGAUUGACGGAGUGCUUUACUUAAGGGUCCUCGACCCGUUUAAGGCCAGCUACGGCGUCGAGGAUCCAGAAUACGCCGUCACACAGCUGGCACAGACCACCAUGCGGUCAGAGCUGGGCAAACUCACGCUGGACAAAGUGUUCCGGGAAAGGGAGUGUCUCAAUUUCAACAUCGUCCAAUCCAUCAACCAAGCGUCAGACGAGUGGGGGAUCCGUUGCCUCCGUUAUGAAAUCAAGGACAUCCAUGUUCCCCCUCGUGUCAAAGAUUCCAUGCAGAUGCAGGUGGAGGCCGAGCGGAGGAAGAGGGCAACGGUGCUCGACUCUGAGGGGAUGAGGGAGGCGGCCAUUAACGUCGCCGAGGGUCGCAAACAAGCUCAGAUUCUGGCCUCGGAGGGCCAAAAAUCGGAGCAGAUCAAUAAGGCGUCUGGUGAGGCCCAAGCAAUCAUAGCCAAGGCACAAGCGAAAGCUAAGGCUAUCAGUAUGCUGUCGGACGCUCUGGCGGAGCAGAAUGGAGACGCGGCCGCCUCGCUAAGCGUGGCCGAGCAGUACGUUGCUGCCUUCUCCAACCUCGCCAAAAAGACCAACACCAUCCUGCUGCCCUCGGACGCCGGGAACAUCAGCGGAAUGGUCACACAGGCUAUGACCAUUUACGGCGCGUUGGCAAAGACCAGCCCGGCGGUGCCAGUGGCGGAGGAGAAGAAGAGCGGCGACUUUGGGAGCCAAUCGUCUCAGUAGUGGAGGACUUGAAUGACACGGAAAGCAGCAGAAGAAGAAGAAGAAGAAGAAGAAGAAGCCGUCUUCAGCUCCAAGGCGUCACUGUGUGUGUGUAAAGUCUCUCGUACCUUCUCCCGACAGGACAGAAGGGGAGAAAGCUGACAACUUCAUAACCUUCUGGGAUAUUUUUUUUGCCUUUUUGGAGUCACAUCUUUUACAAGAGGAGUUUUAAUCUUCACUGACAAUUCUUUAUGCUCAGUUAUUGUCAGAUUUGGGGACUUGGCACCAGACUCUGGCAGGCUGACAACAUGGAGAAUUUGAAUGCUUGAUGAUUCGGCCACUGGGUGAAAACAGUGUUGACUUUGAUGUAAAGGGUUACACUUUAAGGGAGCAGUGUGUAGGAUUUAGUGGCUUCUCGGUGGAGUUGUAGAUUGUAUCCAACUUAAAACCCCUCCGCUCACUUCCCCCCCUUCCCAAGCAUUGUUGGGAGAACUACGGUGGCCUGCAGGGUCACAUUAAAAAAAGAACCCCGCACGCAGCUGGACUACUGUAGAACAGCAGCACCAGAUGGUGGACUCCGUUGAGAGGACCAGCGCAAUAUGUCGAUAUAAUUAAUAAGAAAAGGUUCUUUAUACGUCAAUUAAAAACGUAGUUGUAAAUAUGAUAUUGAAUUCCUCCCAAUAAAUCCUACACUGUCGCUUUAA